UGGGGUGUUUAGAUGGGGCGAAGGGAGGUAGAGGGGGUUUUGAGAGGGUGGAGAGAGAGUUUAGGAGUUGAUGGGUUGUUUUGGGGCUUAUAGGCGUUUUUAGUGAGCAAAAUCUGGGGUUUUAGGUUUUGUAGAGCCUUCUAGAAGUUCGAUUUGGGCUGUGAUAAUUAUAUCUGUUAUAGUUCUUGAUCUGAAGCUGACUGGCUUCAAUGAUCAGCAACAAGGUUAGAGAAGCAUUAAAAAUUACUCCAAAAUUGUUUUCUUGAGCGCUAUUAAUAUAAAUUUGCUGAAAUAUUUUAAGGAUGAUUUUAUUAAUCAUAACCAAUUUUUCAAAAUAAAUACUUUCUCUACCCCCUACAGAAAAAUUUUCUUCAAUUAAGAAUCAAUAAAUAGGAUAAGGUCUCAAUGAAAUAAGGAAUAGGCUAGAGAGAGAUCUGGAAGGUGAUUACAGUCCAAAAAUAUUAAUUAUUUCCAUAAUGGUAGAUGCUUUUAAUGACUUCUUCCUAAGACUGGAAAUAGUUCUGACUUGCUAUAAGCAUACCAGCGCUCUUGAGAGAGCAAGGAAUUAUAUUCUUGUUAUUAAUAAAGACUAUUCACACUUUUUCCUCAUAAUCUGUUCCAAUAAACUUUAAAGAUACAUAAAGGUAUUAAAGUCUUUGAUGAUUUAAGCCUGGUCGAUAAAGCCAGUUGAUUAAAAUCGAGGGCCAAAUGUCUUCCCUUCUACUCUCUAUCGCUCUUACAAAUCUUCAAGUAAAUCCUGAGACUUUUGCUGUGACUAUGAGCUUUGCCAAAAUUCUCUGUCUUCAAAGUUUCAGGAAGGUAAUAUUUUCUUAGAUGUAAUCCGGAAAAUUUUCAGAGUGCAGCAUUUAUGAGUUAGAGGAGAUUAUAUAAGUUUGUUAGCCUAAAAUAAAGCCUAAUUAAUUAAGAAGAUCUAUUCCUUGCGUUCUAAUAGCAACUCAUUACUAUAAUUUGAAAGCUUAGGCUAUCAUAUCAAAAGAAGUCGUGCCCAAAAUAUCGAACAUUUUCUGAUUAAUUAACAAUUUUCAAAAUGGUAGGUUAAAAGCAAGAAAAGUUAUUGCCUUCCAAUAAGCAUGAAAUAAAUUUAGUGCAUAUCGUAUAUAAUUUAAGGCUUAUACCUCCUGUUGAUACACGAGAAAUAACCUUAUGUUAAUAUUAAGGAAGGUUACAGUAAGUCGAAAUGGAGAAAUUCUUCAUGAAUCGUAGUACGACAACUGUUAGCUUUAUUAGUUAGAGGCUGAAAUUUGAAGUUGUACCAAAGUAAAUGUGUCUCGAGGAUAAUUGAGCAAUUAAAGCAGACAGACGGGCUGUAGUAUUUGCUCUGUUAUAUAUUAGGUUAUUGACUAAUAUGUACUUUUCUAUUUAUGCUAGCUCGUUCGAACACAAGAAACUUUCUAAAAUAUAUAAAUAAUCCCAAAAUUAUCAAAGAACUUAAGAAAUUUGUCCCAAAAGGUACUCUCUCCUGGGAUGCUAAAUGGAGCUAGUAAUAUAAUUAGAAGAUUAAAUUAUUUAAGAAUUCAAAAAGACAAAUUCAUAAAAUUAAUUUUAAAGAUGAACCUCAACAUUCCAUUGAAUUUUAGAAAUCAAGGUUGCUUACCCAUUUGAGAUUAUACAAGCAUGGUCAUGCAACUGGAAAAGAUGUACUGCUUAUGCCCAUCAUCGAAAGAAAGCUUACCACAUCUGGACAGCUUUUGUACUAAUAUUACUCAUCUUUUGAGCUUGACAGAAGAUGUUGUAAGCUCACACUCCGAAAAAAGUCCUAAAGAGAAUUCUGAGGCAAAUAAGCAAUUUAAGACUCAGCCAUCAGAGAAGCAAACUGAGAGUGAAAAUAUCCAAAGUCAAGUAAAUUUUCAAAAAUGCCAAGCCCAACAGGAAGAAGCAAAAGAUAAUCAAAUAGAUAAGAGAGUAAUUUCAGCUAGAAGAAGACGCUCGUCAAGAUUUAAUAUCAGGGCUAGACUUGUGAGAAUGAGAAACCGUAUCCUUAAGGAUCCUACUUGUCAAUUCGAGGCUUCUUCUAAGAAGCUAAGAGGAACUGAUGAUGCGAGUCUAGGAAGAAGAUCUAGAUACAUUGGAAUUUCAAGAAACAACUCCAGCUGGCAGGCUCUUAUCAAUGUGAGAAACGUCAAGAAGUACAUUGGAACUUUUGACGAUGAAAUAGAGGCAGCAAAGACCUAUGACAUAUUCGCAGUAGCUAUGAGAAGAGAGAAAGCCCUUCUAAAUUUCAGCUACACUGCUCAAGAGAUGUUAUCAGCCAUAAACCACUUUCUCGAACACGGAACUAUCAACACUCCCUCCUAAAUUACCAUUCUAACAAUCUUCCACUUAUCCCUCCCUACCCAUCCC